UUGACCUCAGAGGGGCAGCUUCAGAUGGGGCCCCAAGGACUGGCUCUCCAGACCUCUCCCUGGGCCAGAAGCCCCCAGGACCCUGCUGGCCCUACCUAACACUUCCAGUCUUCUCUUGGCCCCCGUGACCCCUAGGAUUCUGGGGAUGCCAAUCCCUCCACCUUGACCUUGCAGAGCUUCCUUCCGGCGAAGAAUCCAUCCUGUAGGCUUCAGAACCACCCAGAGGAAGGAGAGGCUUCUCUACCACAGCCUACCCCUCACUUUCUGUCUCUCCAAAAGUGUGUUUGCUUUUUGUUGGUGUGUGGUAGGCCUCCUCCACUGGACUGGGAGCACCAGGAGGGUCUCCGGCCCUCGGGGCUCCAGGACCUCAGGAAACCUCCACCAUGGAUGCAGGACGUCUGUCAGGCCAUGUAUGCUGGGGACCCUGAGUGCUAAACAGAAAAGCAGUGCCCAUGGUGUGAUUCAAAAUGAAAACAACAGCAAGCAACAGACAGAAACUUUUUAACAAUUGCCCUCAGAAGAAAGGCACAUCACCAUUACAUCCUUCUACCUGGCUUGUGUCAUCACCCUGUGACACUGCCAGUCUGCCCACAUCAGAUUGCCCUAUGGUGUCACCCAAUGCCACCAACUGCCUGCCGAGCUCAGCCAGUCACCUCUCUCCAGCCCAGUGGCUGGCGUUGGUUCUUUCGUCUCAGCAAAGCUCGGUUCACGUGCCUAGAGGCCCAAGCCUGCACUGCAUGCUGCACACGUGCAGCCUGAACAAAUUUGGAGACUGAGGAGUUGUGGAGGUCGGGCUCCCCACUCCUAGAGGGGCUUGUGAAAUUUCCUUUCAGACGUACUGCACCGCCGCGACGGACCGCAUCCCCCGUGCGCUCCGGCUUCCACGCGGCGGGUAGGUGAGCCUGCAGCCCGAGCACCCCUCCUGGCUCGCGCCGGGAACCUGCCAGAGCCGGGCGCCGCGGUCCCACAGUCCGGGCUGGCGGAGCAGGCGCUGCAGCGAGUGAGUGACAGCUGGGGAGGCGGGGUGGCACGCCCGCGGAGCUGAGCUGGAGAGGCGCUUUGCCCAUUGGCCGACGCUAGUGUGGGAAAGGACGCCUGGCCGGGUUCACAGGCCCCGCGGCGGUGCGGCCUUAUAUAGCCGGCCACUGUCCGGGUUCGCGGGCUUCUGGCCGGAACCCGCCAGAGGGCGCAAACGUUCUGCCCGGCACCAGAGCGCGGGGUGCAGGAUGCCGGCUGACACCCCAGAGAAGCCGAGCGCCUCGCCGUGGGCAGGAGCGCAGGCCAGCGCCAGCCCGACCCCAGAUAAACCCCGCAGCGCGGCAGAGCACCGUAAGUCCUCGAAGCCGAUCAUGGAGAAGCGGCGCCGAGCGCGCAUCAACCAGAGCCUUGCUCAGCUCAAGACCCUCAUCCUGGACGCGGUCAGGAAGGAUAGCUCCCGUCAUUGGAAGCUGGAGAAGGCCGACAUCCUGGAGAUGACGGUGAUACAUCUGCAAAACCUGCGUCGCUUUCAGGUGACAGCCGCACUCCGCUCGGACCCCGCUGUCCUGGGCAAGUACCGUGCAGGCUUCAACGAGUGCCUGGCCGAGGUGACCCGCUUCCUGGCUGGCUGCGAGGGUGUCCCCGCCGAAGUUCGCUCCCGCUUACUCGGCCACCUGGCAGCCUGCCUGCUCCAGCUGGGGUCUUCGCGCCGCUCUGCCUCGCUGCCCGCCGCUGCAGACGAACCGGAGUCCGAGGUCUACGCUGGCCGCCCGCUGCGGCGCUCGUUAGACGGCCCCUUUCCCCUGCUGCGCCCAGGGGCCGCGUUCGCGCCGCUCCUGCCACCUAGGCUGACCCUGGCGCCUCCCGCCGCCCCCAGGAUGGGAUCUCAAGGCCGGAGCGGACCCUGGAGGCCGUGGCUACAUUGAACUGCAGCGGGUCCUAGGGCCGCGGCCUUGGCCAAGACUGUAGCAGAGAGUAUUUAUUUCCAGAGGCUUGGGGUGGUUUUGUUGUCUUUGUGAACAGCCUGGUUCAGGCCCGCAGAGCGCCCAAGUUGGUGGUCCUCUGGCGGCCCGGCAGCCGGCUCCGGGCAGACGCGCCGGUUGGUGCCUCUUUUCCGAGGCCCCGCCUGUUCGCAGACCCAGCCGUCUCGCAGACUGGGUCCUCUUCCGGCCCGCCCCGCAGCCGGGGCCUGCUGUUGGGCCGCCCCUGCCUCCGGAGCGUUGGGAUUGCUUUGGUCCGCGGUAGGGCGGGCGACCCGCUCGGCGACGCUGGGGUGGGAAUGGGAAGCGUGCCCACGGGGCGCAGGCAGGAAGGCUUCCCGGAAUGUAUCUCAGUACUGGAAGGCGGUCGCACGGCAUCUCUAAGGGUACUUAUCCCAACUUCUCCCCGGACCCUGGGAGGUAGAGAUCCGCCUUUUCAUGCCAUUGUUUCCCCGGGAGUUGUCCUUCGCUGGGGUGAGGACUGUCUUCUUCCUUUUAAGCUCAAGGUUCAGCACAAAGCCGCCCCGUCCACCCAGGCCGACCCCCAGGCCUGCACUACCAAGACAGUCACCCUGCUCUCUGCCUCCCUGGGCUCCUGGGGGCUGGGGCAGUGCCCCUGAACAGCAGGUCACCAUGUGGGCCAGCUGCUGUGCCCUUGGGUGUACGUACAUGCAGGGACUCCGCUCCCUUUAGAUCUGGGUGGAAGGAGAAGGUGGAGGCUGCCCUUGGCAGGAGGGCUGGAGGGAUCUGCAGAGGGUGACUGGAGGAGGGGAGAUGUUCAGGGAGGGUAGGGCCCCUGCUGGGAAUUGAGACUGGUGUGUAGGCAGGGGAGGCCACUUGCUCAGAGUUGGGUUCCAGACACACUGCAGGGAAAGGGGGACUCUCUGCCUGGGUGGCCAAAAAGAGGAGGCCAACCAGGAUGCCACCUGUGAGGUUGGGCUUCAGAUGCCCCCUCUCCCCAGAAGCAGCAGCAUCAUCCACCCCUGCCCCUUACUUCUUGAUUCCUGGAUCUGUUAUGGGCACUGUUGCCAAAGGAAUCUCUGUGGUGGGGACCACUUAGCCCUCUGGGACUACUCUGGCUCCACAGGACCCUUACACUCAGAUGGGCAGACCCUCCUGAUCUCUAUUCCUUGAACUCAGUCCCCUCCCCAACUUUCUCCCCACUCUCUAUGUACCUCAGACCACUCCCCUGCUGCAGGCUUCUCCAGCUGUCUGGGUCCAGGGGGACUGUUCUCCCGCCAGCCACACCUGUGUCCUUUCAAACUUAGCACCUGCUUAAAACAGUGGGCUCAACCUCAGCCCAUGCUGAGCUAAUCAAUUGGUGUAAACAGUGUGCAGAAUGGGAGUUGGGGUCUCUCUUGAGUCAAUAGGGAGGUCCUAGGAAGCAUAGCCUGGGCUGAAGCUGGGUCCCCAGCAGGGGACACUAAAGGGGUGGUUCUGGGUCUCCCAGGCUGCCCCCUUCUUGGCAACUGAGAGUGGCUGGGGCUCAGGAGCAGUGAGUCCCCUACAUCUGAGUCUCAGCCUUUCUACACACUAGCCAGGACACUGCUUGACCCUGUUUCCUACCACCCCUGUGUGGGCUGAGGCAAUAUAGACCCUCAUCAGGUGCUUUUCUGCAGGGCUGCCCUCAUAGUGGGAGCAGCGCCCCCAAGAGUGGGUGUUCCCACUCUCAGGGGGCCUCUUCCUGUCCUCCCUACCCUUCUAUAUAUUUCCUGUUUCUGAAGAGACCCUUGGGUCUUUCCUUGUCCCUCCCCCUCCCCCAGCUGUUCAUGUCUUUGCGCUUGUCUUGCAGAGGCUUCCUGCUGAAUAACAGAUGGAAGUCCCUUUUCUGGGUGGAGGGGCACUGGUCAUGGCCCUCCCAGUUCAUCUCCAACAGCCCCCCUUCCAACCCCGUGCCUGGACUGGACCAAGGGUCAAUAAGUGCUCGAUUCAUGUGCACUGUCGGCAGGCUACCUGCCUGUGUGGUGGGUCUAACUGGGUCCUCUCCUGUGGCUUGGGGACUGAACAAUGACAACAGAUUAUAGGUAUUUGAAAUCUGGAGAAGAACUUAUCCCUAUGGUGUCAAAAGUUAGUGGCCAGGCCCAUUAAACUCCAUGCACUGGAAAAUUGGGGCAGGGGCCGGGCUGGGGCUGCUUGGGUUCCUGGCUUCUGAGAGGUGAGGCCCACUGUUCCCCCGCCCCUCCUUCCCUCACCUAGCAUCCCUGCUCCAAGGCUGUCUGUUUCCUACAGUCCUGCCUGUGCCUGGAUGCUCUCCCUCUGCUCCCUGGGACCCCUGGGCUACAUCAAGGAAACUGGGGCCCUGGCCUGGCAGCCUCCUGGGCACCUCCAAUAGUCUCCUCCAUGGGCCACAUCCCCUUGCUCCAAGGUUGGCCUAUGCGACAGUGGGGCCCUGGAGAGGGGACGGGCUGUCAUUCCAGGCAAGGCUGCAGGCUCCUUCCUGUCUGCUCUGGGGAAGCCAGCUGCCCUUUCCAUGGAGAGAGCAACAUAAUAGAUGAAUGACAGACGAAGUCUCCUCUUCUUGGUGGAGGGGCACUGGUCAGCAGUGGCCUCCUGCCAAUAGCAAUGCCAGUGAGUUUAGACAUGGAUCCCUUGAUAGGACCUUGACCGUGACAAGCCCUGUGCCAGCACCUCAGCAUGAACUCCUGUGCACAGAAGCUGUGAGACCAUAGCAUUUGUUGCUUUGAGCUGCUAAUUUUUUAAAUAUUUAUUUUUUUAGUGUAGUUGGGCCUUUAUUUUAUUUAUUUAUUUUUAUGUGGUGCUGAGGAUGGAACCCAGGGCCUCACACGUGCUGGGCGAGUGCUCUACCACUGAGCCACAACCCCAGCCCCAAGCUGCUAAAUUUUUGUUAUGCAGCAAUAAGUAACAAUAUUGAUAAAUUCUAUGUACUUUACUGAAUACAUGCAAGUAGCAUUAGCAGUAAAGACCCCAGGGGUUAGAAAACGUGCCCAAGGGAUUCCAGAGGCCAUGGGAGUGAGGAAGAGGUUGCUGGGAGUGAAGUAGGAGCAGCCACUGUGGCCACUGUGAGGUGCAGAACUCAGGUGGUGCUACCGCCUACUCUCACCUGGCACAGAUUCCCCAAGUGCCUGAACAGCCUGGCGCCCUGGUGGCCUGGCCCCUGCCAGCAUUGGUGGUCCUGUCUGGCUGUAACCAAAGGGGUAUCCUGGAUCAGGGCAGGCGAGGACUCACAGUCCCCAGGGGAAUGUGAACCUAUGACUUGUGUGCACAGGUAUCAGUUGCUGUGAUUACUGUGCCUACUACCCUAGGCAGACAACCUCUCAGGUGGUCCCGCCACCUUUCUGCACAGACACACUUGACCACACUGUCUUGCCCAAGUGGGAUAUGGGGGCCACAGUGACAGAAGCAUUAAAACAAAUGUCCAGGGCUGGGGUGUGGCUCAGUGGUAGAGCACCUGCCUGGUAUGUGUGAUGCCCUGAGUUCGAUCCUCAGCAUUGCAUACAAAUAAAAAAAUAAAUAAAAGAUCCAUUGACAACAAUAAAAAAUAUAUUUUAAAAAAAACCCACCUCCAUGGUCACCUCGGAGAUGUUGCUGACAUCCUGCCUGGUCUCAGCACCCACCUGGUGGCUUCAGGCUCACCUGCCUGGCCCUACUGUGAGUAAAGGGCCUGAGGCAUGUGUGGAUGGGUAGGAGAAGGUCAGGGUAGGACACUCCCAGGAAGAGGGUGCACCUUGAUGUCAAGGGCCUCCUAUUGCCACAGGGGAUCUUGCCUUUAGCUGGCAAAGCUUCCCCUGCUCCAACAGUCCUCACCUGGGUCAUCCCCACAGCCCAAUGCCAUGUCUACAUGAGGGCAAAUGUUUACCGAUUGUUCAUGACAGAUGCAGGAUAAAUGAGGGAUGGAAGUUUGCAGCUGGAAGCACGUGCCGAACAGGAAACAGACUGAGGGGUACAGACAACUUAGUAGUGGGGCAAAGAAGAUUCGAGAUGCCCAUGUGGUAUCCUGUAUGUGUGUGUGUGUAAAUGCAGAGAAAAAAUUCUAAUUAAAUGCCUACAUCUUUGCUAGUCCCACCAGGAACAAAGGAAAGGUAGUGCUGUUCAAUACAGAGAAUAUCUAACAAUAUUUGGUUUUGAAAAUAGGCACAUGGGAUACACACAGAUAUAUACAUUAGAUAUAUGUUUUGCUCAACAAACUCUAAUAUCUAACAGAUUGCUGGGCACAUAGCAAGAAAAAUUCCAAAGAAUACAUAGCAUAUAGUAAGAAUAAAUGAUGCUUAAAUCUUUA